AUGCCAAGUCUUUCGACGUUUUCAUCGAUGACUGCUAUACUACAAACCUCUCAUAUCGUCUGGCAAACUGUUAAUCUAGCUGAUGCACUUAAAAUUAAUCUUGAAUAUGAUAUUCGUAAUGGUUUACUUAAUAUUUUCGUAAAAAAUACCAGCAACACUGAUAAAUUACCCUGCCAAAUUAAUGUUCUAUCAAAACAUUCUCAAGAAUGUGACUUAAUAUCAAACUCUACGGAUAAUCUUUCAGUUUCAUCUCAACUACCACAAGAUCUAACCGAAACGAUAUCCGAUAACGAUGAUAAUGAGCCAAAUAUUUGUUAUGAAAUAUCCACCCUAUAUUAUUAUGAUAUAAUUGAUGAGAAUGAAAAUGUCGAGCAUAUUGAUUUAAGUCAAACAAUGAUUACUUCAUCGUCUUCGUCUUGUUUUGGCGAACUGACAACGGAUAAUGACGAUGGAUAUUCAACCCAUUCACUUGAUGAUAUUGAACAACAACACCACCACCACCACCACCACCAAUCACUAGCGAUUCCUUCGUCUAAAUUAGUUGUACCGUCCUUUUCUUCUCCAUAUGAUUAUUAUUAUUCUGAACAGUAUGUCUCACCUGUCCGUCAGCUAAUCGAACAACUGGUAUGGUUAAAUCCAUUCAAGAAAACAAUGCAAAGCAUGAUGAUGAAUCAUAUGUUUUAUUAA